AUGGCAGAUAAAGGAAAGAGGUCGAAGCACGCCAAGGUGCGAACGGGGUGUAUCACUUGCAAAAUUCGACACAAAAAGUGUGACGAAGCCGAACCGGCCUGCAAGAACUGCACCAGCACCGGCCGAACGUGCGAUGGAUAUGCACAGGCUCCCGAUAAGCGAACCCGGCCUUGGCGUCAGUCGCGGGACGACGGUCAACAAUGCACGCCUGCCAAGUGUGAAUUCACCCUGAUUCUUCGCGACUCGAGCCAGGUGGGUCUCUCCUGGAAUGAAAGAGCGCACUUGGACUUUUUCCGAAGAUGCACCACCUUGCAGUGUUCCGAGUAUUUCGAAGAUGAAUUCUGGAGCCGAUUGGUCCUGCAGAUGUGCGAAGGACAAGCCGCGGUGCGACAUGCCGCCAUAGCAAUGGGUGCCAGGCAACGCCAAUAUGAAGCCGUGGAAACGGAAUCGGUCAAAGACCGUGAGAGCCUGCUGGCUUUGAGCCAUGCCCACAAGUCCAUCACCUGCCUGAGUCAAGAUCUCGUCCGCCAGGAGUCAAGCCGGUCGCAUAAAGAGACUGUUCUGGUCAGCUGUAUUAUCUUGACUAUGCUCACGCUCUUCCAAGAAGAUAUCUUCGCGGCUCGGUGCCAUCUUCAAUCUGGGUACCAAUUAUUCCGAGAUUGGAUGGCCAUCGACUCGGAAACGAGCCCGAAUAAGGAAAUUCUGGAACAGGCGUUCUCCCAACUCCACCUACACUUUUCAACAUGCGUGAACCCAAGAGAAUUCGUCAACGACCAGCGUUUGGUUCCUCCAACGCUGCCCAAGUUCAACGCCAUGACUCCCAGCGGUGAUUUAGACCUCACACGAGAGAGCCGGGGGCUGAUGGUCAUUGGCUGGCAGAUAGUGCAAAGUCAUUUGAGUGGAGGCUUCAGCAUAGGCAACGCGAGCUCCCCUAUCCGCCGAGGUGGAGUGGCAGUCUUGAGCAAGAUGAGAUUAUGGCGAAGUCAACUGAAGCUGUCUUCUGUCAGUGGGCUCCCUUCGCAGCGUCAUUACGACAUGCUGAGUUUGCUUGAGAUGUGGACCUUGGUCUUGGAUGUGAAAAUGGCCGUUGCGAAUAGCCCAGAGUCAAGCGAAAGUCUGUAUGAUGACUACCUCCCGAGUUUCCAGCGGGCUGUUCAGUUAGCACAGGGACUUUUGCGCCUAGAAACAAGUGAAGUAGAGGCACCGGUCUACUAUAUCACUCCAUCAGUGGUGACUGCGCUUUUGUGGUGCGGGACCAAGUGCCGUGACUGGAAGGUCCGUCAUGAUAUUGUCUCUUUGCUGAGUGGGUGUAAACAUCAGAGCCUGUGGGCCUCGAUCGCCACGUCGUGUAUUGAGAAAUUGAUUCACAUCGAGUCGAAUGGUAUCACUCAGGGAGCUCGCGUCCCAGAAUCAGCUCGGGUGCAAAGCGUAACUGCGAAACCAUUGACCAGCUCCAUCGUCCAGUUGUGGUAUCAGAAACCCCAAUCCGAACUAGACGGUGAACACAGCAUGUGGAGAUGCGAGACUUUAGCUUGUUAA